AUGACCUUCCUCCGCCUAGGAGAACAGAGCUCUACUUAUCUAAUAGAAAGCAAAUUAAGUGCCGAUCAGCAGAUGAUCGAUAUUCAAAAAGAUGCUAUGGAAGAGAUUGAACAGAUGGGAGGCUACUGGCCUUGGAUUAAAACGUUCUCUAUAUUCUGGAAAUUUAUAUGGCCGGCUGAAAAGAAUGUGCAGAACAAGCUCGUCUUUGUCGCUCUGGUAGCUGUUGUUGCUAACUACUUAGAAUAUUCAUCACAUGGCAAGCUGGGCGAACUGCUUGAUACUCUCCAAAAUGUUAAGGGCUCAGGGCUUACAAUAGGGAGACUAGCUUUCAAGGUUUUUGCCUACUACGGCCUCCUGAUAUUACAAAAUUUGCGGAUAGCGGCUUAUAGGCAUAUUAUGCAACUAGAUGGAAAAUAUCAUUCUCGUAUUAAUCCAGAGCAAUUCAAGGACGCAGUAGACAAAGCAUUAAGUAUUGUCACGCUAUUUAACUCCCUGCUCCUCGAUUUUAUACCACGAUCAAUCACCUUCGUGCUUGCUUCUGCUAAGAUAUACUUAAUAUUUGGCCUCUGGGUGAGGCUACUUGUGUUCUGUGGUUUUCUCCUUAGCAUUGUGCUGGAACAGAGAUGGUUCUCAUCAACUGUGCCAAAGGCUGAGAAAGCCAAUCACUAA